AGCCAUCACUGUGUUUUGCAAUCACAAACACGGUAUUUACCUAGGGAGAUUCCCUUCAGUCACCCCUAAGGGCCUUGUUGAGCUUCUCAGAAAAUUCGUCGUUUCUUCUCAACACCAAGGAAAAUCAUCAUGGCGUCUUUCUGGGUUAGAACUCUGCGCGCGGUUAGCGCGAUACCAUUCCUGUUCAUUGCAGUCUGGACUUGGCAGGUAAUGAACCUUGACAAGAUGUCUGUCCUUACCAAACCAUUCGCGGACGCUGGUGUGAUUGAAUGGGACGGAGGGAAGGUCACCAUAAUUGACCACUUUCACAAUAUCGACUUUUUUGACCAAAUUUGGCGAGGCGGUAUGGCGACGUUUUCGACAUCAACUUUGGGUUAUGAUAGCGUUGCUUCGUGGCAAGUCUUCUCGUUCCUCAUCGACCUCGGCCCGGUGUAUGCAUUGUGGAUUCUGGAGUCCUAUCGUCGCACAAGCAACUGGACUUUAGCGUACUUACCGACAGUGUUCACUCUCGCGGCCCAAUUCUUAGGUAUAGGACCUGUUGCGGCUGUAUACUACUUCCUAUACAUCACUUUUGGACCGACAUCUUCCGACUUGACCCAUAUUUCAACACGACAAAUCGGCGUAUGGAAUAAAAGUAGCGUACCACUACUUCCAAUCGUACUCUUGCUUCACACAUCCGUCGUACUCGCCAUGUUUUUGGCCCCAAACAUGGCGACUAGACAUUUUUGGACCUGGGCUUGGCAAUUGGUUCCCUUUUGGAUUGGACUUGCCAACAUCAUAGUCGAGCCAGUUCUUAACAUCUUGCAAUUUAAAGGACGUCCUUCCGCGUCGCCUAGGUUGCUGUUGGUGGUACUAGGAUUGAUAUCUGCUGGAGUCUGGGUUCAUACACUUUUAUUCUCUCCGUACUCUCUGUCUGCUCUUUUUUUUCCAGAAGCUGAAGAGCAGUCUGAAUUUGUCCCAUUUAUCCGAAGAGCCUUACAAGCAGAUCAGCUGGGUUCCUUUGGUAGUUCUUUAUUAUGGUUGGCUUAUUCAUUCUUCGAUUUGUACUCUGCUGGUUUGAUGGGGAACGAGUGGCUGUAUUAUUCUGCCUCGCUGCCUGUCAUCACGCUCUGUGUAGGACCUGGUACGGCGUUGGUUAUUGGCUGGUAUGUAAGGGAGGUAGCCUUGGCAUCUGCUAAGAAAUAGAAGAAUGGUGUAGCUAGAAUAUUUUUGUUAUUCUGGGGGUUGUAUCCUUGGACCGCAAAUAGCCUCUUGCUAUAAGAUGGAAUCCGAACUAUAGGGGGGGAGACAAUAAUAGAAGGAUUCGAAGUCCGUUCGAAUAUUAUUAGACUAAGAAUGUUGGGUACCACAAUUAUCUGAAUAACCGAUACGUAUUCUCCGGGCCAAUAAUUUC